CGAGCCUCGCAUCCUCGUUCAUCACACACUCUCCUCCCUCGCCAACCUGUCGUGCCCAUCCUCAUGCCUCGCACGCGCUUGUCCUUUCUGGACCCAUACUGAAACAAACUCUCCCUCUCCUCCUCCCUCUGCCAGUCGACACCGCUCUCGACAGCUGGCCUGUCAGCGCCUUCCAAAUCCCUUCUGUCUCUCCAGGCCUCCAUCUCACCCUCCCCCCUCGAUCCAAUGGUUUGACACGUCGACUUGGGCACUCAUGUAGCCUAAUUCCACGUCGUACACUGUCCGAGUAGCUCACCAUGCUGCACCAGGCCACCGAGGCCGCUGCCCCUCGAUCCCAUUCUACCCGUCUUCCCCAAACAACCGCUCAUGUUUCGAAUGCCUCACAACCCACUCCACAUGCCCAUCCAUCGCCCCCGGCUACUCGACUUCCCGCUCGGCCUGUGAUCAACGACUCCCUAAUCCCAAGAGAUUAUCUGGGCUCGCUGACGGCUUCGAGGUCACCCGGGUCCACCAAAACCUCCUUCAACCAAGAUAAUUCCUUUCUCGACGACUCGACCACAGAUGAAGCCGACGACCAUCACGACCAAUCCAUAUUGCAGUCCGAGGCGGGCCUCACCUCGGCCACCAACACGCAUCCUGUGGUGAAUUCAAGUCCUCGUCCCUCACCGUCGCCAGAAAUUUUGAGGAACAACCCCAAGGACGCCUCAGUUCAGGAUCGGCGUUUCCCAGACCAACCCUCCUCCUCAGUCGUCGACUCCCCAACAUCCUACACGUCUUCUGCCACAGUCUCCCCUCCUCCCAACAACAUGCCGCGCACUUCCUCCAUCGACUCGGCAAUCUCUAACAUGUCCAACACGCCGGGUCCCCAGAGACCACAGGGGGAUGCCAAAGAACCCACCAAGGACGAGGUCCGCAACCUCAUCAAUACCGCAGGCUCCCCCGAAAACUUGAUUCAGCAUCUCUUGAGGGACAAGAAUCACUCCGCCGCACAAAAUGCCCAGCUGUGGAAGCUGGUCGACAAGCAGCGCGCCUUGUUGCUCGGCUUGAACAAGGACCUGGAAAGACUCACCAAAGAGCGCGACAGGUACCGCAAGAGAGUGAAAGACUUGCAAUCACAACCUCCCCCGGUUCCUGUCAAUCGUGUCCGUGCCGAAGCCGACCAGGAGAACAAUUCCCCUCAGUCCGACAAUGAUGCCGCCUCGAUAACCUCCAUCGAUGCCCUCACGGGGAGAGAGGGCGCCACGCGCACUGGGCCCGUUACUCCGGGGAGGGUCCCCAAUUUGCAUUUGCACGGCUCUCCGCUGGAUGCAGCCAUGGUGCCCCAUCCUCUCCAUCUGCAACAUCCUCCCAAGAUCGACAUAGUGUCGACCCAAUUGCCUCCACCUUCUUUUGCGCUGAGUGAGCCAAGUCCCCUUCAGGAGAAACCUCCAAAGUCUUUCCAGGCGUCGAGGAAAGCCCCACCGCGGCCGCUGAAUCUGAGCCAACCAAAGGAUGAUCGUUCUGCAGCCAAACUAUCAAUCGCCAAUGGAGCCGUCAUCAGUGACGAGGAAGCAGAUGACCGGGAUCCAGUGCGGCGUGGUCGACGGAAGACGCGAGAGGAGGAUGAUCGUGAUCGCGAGACCCUAGCUUUGAAAGAACAAGAAGCCAGGAGCCGAUCUAAAAGGGAGACAAAGACCGGUGCUGAUCCGGGAGUGACAGAACCUGCGGCUGCUGCACCUCGACCUUCCCAUGACUCGGUCGAUUUGCCGUCAUCCAAGGCCAUGAAUCAACUCUCUCCCCCUUCAACCGCAUCUCACAGUUCCUUGGGACAGUCACCCAACCCUCUGCGAAGUCCUGGCCUCCCGCUGAGUCCUCGUCCUCUUGGUCAAGCACUUCUCGGUGCUUCACUUCCAAUGUCCCCCAGGAACCUAGCCAGUGGCAGCUUUCCUCUGUCACCGCGUGCGCCUAAGCAACCACUACCUGACCCCACCACACCAGGCCAACAGGCUCCUGCCCCCGGCGCGGAGAAGAAGGGGCCUUCACCUCUAUCAAAAGUGAAUUCAGCCUCGACUACUGCAUCAGACCAGCCGACUGCUCCAGACCCACCUCUCAGCCCUCGUGACGCACCGCCAGUGAAUCGAGGUUUGGUGAGUCCGACCUGGCCCGAUCUGCUUCUCCCACCAAAUGCCCUCCCUUCGAUCCAGAUCAAGGUGGCUUCUUCCCGUUUGCGUCCGUCACGCAACAGCAUCCUAGGACUCAAGGCACAAGACGAAUCAUCGGUUUUCAGUCUGUCCGUAUUCGAACGUGCCACAGCGUCUGAGCUCUGGCGUGUGGAAAAGAUCCCCGCCACCUUUCCUGUCCUCGAUCAGACUCUCCGAAGUAGAUGCUCCGAUCUUCCCAAACUGCCAGAUCGAAGACUCUUUUCCGGCCAUUCUCCCGCAGUCGUUGACGCUCGACGACUGGCGAUUGAUCAUUACUUUGAGGAACUCCUCGACACUCCAAUGGAUGAGCAGGCCGCUGUGGCAGUUUGCAGAUAUCUCUCUACCGACGUGAUGGAGUCGCAGCAUUCCCGCCAGCCUCCCGCCAGCGAGGACACCCACUCCAAACCCAUUCAGAGUGCUCGCAAAGAUGGCAUACCGACCAAAUCUGGCUAUCUCACGAAAAAAGGCAAAAAUUUUGGAGGCUGGAAGUCGAGAUACUUUGUCCUGGACAGCCCAGAAUUGCGGUAUUUUGAGGCGCCUGGCGGGGCACAUCUUGGUACCAUCAAAUUGCUCAAUGCUCGCAUCGGUCGCCAGACGCAAUCUGACCCAGCCCCACGAAGCGAAGCGGAAAACGAGAACCAGUACCGACAUGCCUUCCUCAUCCUGGAGCCCAAACGGAGAGAUAAUAAUAGUCAUCUUCGACACGUACUUUGUGCUGAGAGCGACGAAGAGCGCGAUGAGUGGGUAGAGACACUACUUCACUACAUUGACGAGCGGCCAAGCGAGCCCAAGGCACCACAAAGCGCAGGAACUCAAAACCCACAUGGGAAGGAUGUCAAGAACCCUCGCAGCGCCGCCACAGAAUCCGGACAUGACGAAAGUGAGCGUAAAGGUGCUGGAAGUCCGUCCUUUGGUCACGCAAACAGUGACACACCGUCUCCCUCCACUGCUUCCACCCACGUCGCUGAGGCAUCUUCGGCCGAAUCUGGGUAUCCGAGCAAAUCAAACAUUUCUGCCCCCAUGAAUGGCGUCAAGAUUUCGGACACCAGCCUAUGGGGAAAUCGAUCUGCGGGAACCGGUAGCAGCAAGGAGCGAGAGCAGAAGAAACGACACUUGUUCAAUCACUUCCGUAAAGCUUCAUCGGAACAGUUGGCAUCGAUUCAUCAGGCGCAGGCACCAGUCGCUCAGCCGAAACGUUUGGACUACCAGGCACGACGGGGUGGACAUGUGCGUCCGGUGUUUGGGAUGCAGCUCCAUGAGGCGGUCGAGCAUUAUUCACCGCUCGACGUGGAGGUGUAUCUACCAGCGGUUGUGUACCGUUGCAUCGAGUACCUACGAGUUAAGAAAGCUGCUAACGAAGAAGGCUUGUUCCGGUUGAGCGGAUCCAACAUUGUCAUCCGCGAGCUCAAAGAUCGGUUCAACGUGGAAGGUGACGUCGAUCUCCUGGCCGACGACGAACAGGACUAUGACGUCCACGCUGUCGCAUCUUUGUUCAAGAUGUACCUCCGAGAGCUGCCCUCGACCAUCUUGACGAGAGAACUGCACCUCGAGUUCCUCAAGGUCUUGGAGAUGGGUGAUAAAUCGCAGAAAGUGAUGGCCUUUAAUACCCUGGUACACCAACUUCCGGUGUGCAACUUUAUGCUGCUACGCAGCCUUUCACAGUACCUCCUCGAGGUUGUUCAAAACUCGGAUCGGAACCGAAUGAGUGUCAAGAACGUGGGCAUCGUGUUUUCGCCGACCCUGAACAUUCCGGCGCCUGUGUUUGCCAUCUUUCUGACCGAAUUCGAGGCGAUUUUUGAUAAGCCGGCAGAGCGAGAGCCUCCCUCGGUGGACAUUCAACGAGAAAACGGCACCCUGACUCCUGAAGACAUUCGAUCUCCCCGUCGACAAAUGUUCAGCGACCUCCCUACCCCCUCGCAUAACCAGAGCAGCUUUGCCAACAACGCCAGCGUCAGCGUAACCGGCGCUCAUAAUCAUGCUAGUAAUCAAGACCACCGCGAGGCGAACAAAGACCUGGGCUUCUCUCCACUCCAGCCCUCGUAUGAGACGAGGAGUUACGUUUCUAUCCCACAAGAGAUAUCUCCUCAACCCCGACAUCCACCGCCUCACCCACCGCCGCCUCCGCCUGAAAGUUCCGAUUAUGAGAAAUCCACGCUAUUGAUGACACCGGAAAAUGCGGCGAGUGUCAAGGCUAAGCGACGAGAGAGUUCGAUGUUGUUCCUGUAAAGCGACUAUUGGAAACAAGCUUUCAGAGACACCGACUGCGAGAUCAAGGCCGCUGUGUAAUCGUGGCAGACUUGCGUUUUUUGCCAGCCUUUUUUCAUCUUCUAUUCGAAUACCCCAUGUGUUAGCGCGGAGGCUGAGACAAUUUUUGUUUUCCGUCCUCUUUUACAUCUGGAGCGGAUCUAGCUUGGUGUUUGUUUGUUCUUUAUUUUCGAUUCAUCUUUGCAUAGCCCGAAAGAGACCAGGGCCAACUUUAAUGUCCAUCAAUUGGUGGCGAGAGACGAUGGGCGAGGAAUGAGUGAACGAAGGGGGCUUGGAAAUGUGAGAUGAGACCAGACGAGUUUGGGUGCAGCCAUGAAUGCGUGCUUGAUCAACCGAGCGGAAUGCGGUUGGGACUGCCAAUAUUGCUAGAUUAGAUGCUACACGAUGCAGACUGAGAAAGAUCUGCCACAUGGAGUUACGGUAUGUUUCAUGCCAUACCUUGGAUCUGCCAGACGCAUCAUGCACCACAUAGCUACAAACCUUGAUAUGCAUGAAAAUGUGACGGAUGAAGUCAGACAAUGUAAGA